CCAGGUUCCGGCGCGUUCGGGUCGGAGCGCGGGGUGUGACCCGCGCGGGCCGCCGUAGUCAGCUGCUGCGGCAGGAAGUGUCCCGGCGCGGCGGAGGCUGCACUAUGGCUCCGGACCCCUGGUUCUCCACAUAUGAUUCUACUUGUCAAAUUGCACAAGAGAUUGCUGAGAAAAUUCAACAAAGAAACCAGUAUGAAAGAAAUGGUGAAAGUACAACCAAGCUUACCGUGACAAUCAGAGCUUUGUUGCAGAAUCUGAAGGAAAAGAUCGCCCUUUUGAAGGACUUAUUGCUAAGAGCUGUGUCAACACAUCAGAUAACACAGCUUGAAGGGGACCGAAGACAGAACCUACUGGAUGAUCUUGUAACUCGAGAGAGACUACUUCUGGCAUCUUUUAAGAACGAGGGUGCGGAGCCCGAUCUCAUCAGGUCCAGCCUGAUGACGGGAGGGGCGAAGCGAGGUGUACCCAACCCUUGGCUCUUUGAGGAGCCGGAGGAGACCAGAGGCUUGGGUUUUGAUGAAAUCCGGCAACAGCAGCAGAAAAUCAUCCAAGAACAGGAUGCAGGCCUCGAUGCCCUUUCCUCUAUCAUAAGUCGCCAAAAGCAAAUGGGGCAGGAGAUUGGGAAUGAACUGGAGGAACAAAAUGUUGUUUCACUACAGCUGUUUAAAUCACUCUGAAAAGAACAUGCCUGACAUUUCUCCAGUUUAAAAACAACAACAACCUGAAGUAAUAACACUCUGCUUAUUAUUGAGGAAGUGUUUUUGGUGAGAAAGGAGAGGAAAUUGCAUGACUUCGGGGAGAAGAAUAAUUCUGAAUCACUUCGUGGUGGAGAAUAUAUUAAACCUAAGAGGCUCGAGAGCAUGACCCACAGUAUGUGUCCAGGAGGCUGAGACGGGCACCAGAGGGCACCUGGGUUCUGCAGCUGGCCCCUGUCCCGGCUGCCGCGCUCCUUGGAACGUUCAUUGUGUGCCCACUCCUGACACUCUUCACUGAAGAC